GGGGAUCAGCUGGCGGGCGGGCGGGCGCCGAACGCGGCCCCGGCUCUCGCUGCAGCGCCGCCUCCUCUCCUUGUCGCAGGCCGGCCCGGCGGCCGUGACAAUGUUGCGGCGCUGGUAGCUGGGCGCCGGCCGCCAAGCCAUCUCAAGUUUAAACUUACACGAAUCGCUCUCUUGAGGAGGAGGGGACCGCCGCGCGAUUGACACGCAUAUUCCUAUAGGCAUCCUCCCUCAGCCCCCACCCCCUCGGCCGGAUUCGGGUGGCUCCUCUCCUAGCUGAAAUCCGAGAAGAAAUCCUUGGAUCUCUUGUUAAAAAAAAAAAAAAAAAAAAUCUAGAAACCGUCGGUAUUUUGCUUUACUGCUUCCUUUUCGCAAGAUGAAGAAGUUUUUCGACUCCCGGCGAGAGCAGGGCGGCUCUGGCCUGGGCUCUGGCUCCAGCGGAGGAGGGGGCAGCACCUCGGGCCUGGGCAGUGGCUACAUCGGAAGGGUCUUUGGCAUUGGGCGACAGCAGGUCACUGUGGACGAGGUGUUGGCGGAAGGUGGAUUUGCUAUCGUGUUUCUGGUGAGGACAAGCAAUGGGAUGAAAUGUGCCUUGAAACGCAUGUUUGUCAACAAUGAGCAUGAUCUCCAGGUGUGCAAGAGAGAAAUACAGAUAAUGAGGGACCUGUCGGGGCACAAGAACAUCGUGGGUUACAUUGACUCCAGUAUCAACAAUGUGAGUAGCGGUGACGUGUGGGAAGUGCUCAUUCUGAUGGACUUCUGCAGGGGAGGCCAAGUGGUCAACCUGAUGAACCAGCGCCUGCAAACAGGUUUUACAGAGAAUGAAGUACUCCAGAUAUUUUGUGACACCUGUGAAGCUGUUGCCCGCCUGCAUCAGUGCAAAACUCCUAUUAUCCACCGUGACCUGAAGGUUGAAAAUAUUCUCUUGCAUGACCGAGGCCACUACGUCCUGUGUGACUUUGGAAGUGCUACCAACAAAUUCCAGAAUCCACAAACUGAAGGAGUCAAUGCAGUAGAAGAUGAGAUUAAGAAAUACACAACGCUGUCCUAUCGAGCACCAGAAAUGGUUAACCUGUACAGUGGCAAAAUCAUCACUACGAAGGCAGACAUUUGGGCUCUUGGAUGUUUGUUGUAUAAAUUAUGCUACUUCACUCUGCCAUUUGGAGAGAGUCAAGUGGCAAUUUGUGAUGGAAACUUCACAAUUCCCGAUAACUCUCGAUAUUCCCAAGAUAUGCAUUGCCUAAUUCGGUAUAUGUUGGAACCAGACCCUGACAAAAGGCCAGAUAUUUACCAGGUCUCCUACUUCUCAUUUAAACUACUCAAGAAAGAAUGCCCAAUUCCAAAUGUACAGAACUCUCCCAUUCCUGCAAAGCUCCCUGAACCAGUGAAAGCCAGUGAGGCAGCUGCAAAAAAGACCCAGCCAAAGGCCAGACUGACAGAUCCCAUUCCCACCACAGAGACUUCAAUAGCACCCCGCCAGAGGCCUAAAGCUGGGCAGACUCAGCCCAACCCAGGAAUCCUUCCCAUCCAGCCAGCCCUGACACCUCGAAAGAGGGCCACAGUUCAGCCCCCACCUCAGGCCACAGGAUCCAGCAAUCAGCCUGGCCUUUUAGCCAGCGUUCCUCAACCAAAACCCCAGCCUCCACCCAGCCAACCCCUACCGCAGUCUCAGCCCAAGCAGCCCCAGGCUCCGCCCAUCCCACAGCAGCCGCCUUCCACGCAGGCCCAGGGUCUGCCCACCCAGGCCCAGGCCACACCCCAGCACCAGCAGCAGCUCUUCCUUCAGCAGCAGCAGCAGCAGCAGCAGCAGCAGCAGGCGGCACCGCCUCCUGCACAGCAGCCAGCGGGCACAUUCUACCAGCAGCAGCAGCAGCAAGCCCAGGCUCAGCAGUUUCAGGCAGUACACCCUGCAGCCCAGCAACCAGCGAUCGCUCAGUUCCCCGUGGUAGCCCAAGGAAGCUCUCAACAGCAGCUGAUACAGAGCUUCUACCAGCAGCAGCAGCUGGCCACAACCCUGCAUCAACAACAGCUGCUGACUCAGCAGGCUGCCUUGCAGCAGAAGACCGCAGUGGUAGCCCUACAGCAGGCCCAGGCACAGCCAGCCACAGCCCCCCAGCCAGCCCCUGCCCAGGAGCCAGCGCAGAUUCAAGCCCCCAUAAGACAACAGCCAAAGGUUCAGACAACCCCACCUCCUACCAUCCAGGGGCAGAAACUCGGAUCUCUCACUCCUCCAUCGUCCCCCAAGGCCCAGCGUGCUGGGCACAGGCGGAUUCUCAGCGACGUGACCCACAGCGCAGUCUUUGGGGUCCCUGCCAGCAAAUCAACCCAGCUGCUCCAAGCAGCUGCAGCUGAGGCCAGUCUCAAUAAGUCCAAGUCUGCAACCACCACUCCUUCAGGCUCCCCUCGGGCCUCCCAGCAAAACGUUUAUAAUCCUUCAGAAGGUUCUACAUGGAAUCCCUUUGACGACGACAAUUUCUCCAAACUCACAGCUGAAGAACUGCUGAACAAGGACUUUGCCAAGCUGGGGGAAGGCAAACAUCCUGAGAAGCUUGGAGGCUCAGCUGAGAGUUUGAUCCCAGGCUUUCAACCAAGCCAAGGUGAUACUUUUGCCGCUUCCUCAUUUUCUGCUGGAACUGCUGAAAAAAGGAAGGGUGGGCAGACUGUGGAUUCUAGCCUUCCUCUUCUAAGUGUAUCUGAUCCUUUCAUUCCUCUUCAAGUACCUGAUGCACCAGCUGCAGAAGAUAGUAAUCUCAUCUCAGGUUUUGAUGUCCCUGAGGGCUCGGACAAGGUGGCAGAAGAUGAGUUUGACCCUAUUCCUGUAUUGAUAACCAAAAACCCACAAGGUAUCCAGAGAGAGCCCAAUCCCUAUCCUGUAAUAACUGUAGAGCACUUUAAAGAAUCAACGGGUUUUAAAGACCUUCCCCUGUAUCCAGACCCCUCCAGAGUACCUGGAAUGAAAACUCAGAACAAUUUAGAAUAUGACUACUUGGCCCGAGAUGGCCCUUCCAGCAACAGCUCGUUCCACAGCAGUGAAGAGGAAGGGACCGACCUCGAGGGGGACAUGCUGGACUGCAGUGGGUCUCGACCUCUCCUCUUGGAGUCGUCAGAAGAGGAUGAGAGCUGCAGGCCUCCGCAGGGGAAGCUGGGAGGAACCACUCCCUUCAGUCAGCCAGAAGUCUCUCCUGAGCAAGCCAAGGCAGCGCAAGGUGGAAGAAAGAACCAGUUCGGAGCCCUCACGCAGCCAACCGCUGAUGGACUCGGUGAGCCAGAUGUUUUCGCCACUGCUCCCUUCAGGAGCUCGAGGGUUCCCGCGGAUGACGUGGACAUUUUCACCAAAGCCCCAUUUGUCUGCAAGGGCAGCGUGGCUCCUUCCCAGCCAGAGGAGGCGGACGUGUUCUUGAGAGCUCCUUUCACUAAGAAGAAAAGCAUGGAGGAGUUAACCGUUGCCCAGAGCGCCUCCCCGGAGUCUCCUGCGCAGCCCGGUCUCCUCCGUCAGACCAAUGACAUCCCUCUGCUCCCGGGCCUUGAUCGAGCCGUGCAUCCCUCUGUUCGAGCUCAGUAUUCCAUGGCUGGUUUCGCCCAACCGUCUAACCACCCCUCCCAUUCUGUACAAGCAGCAGACCAUCUUGACAGCGUCUCUCCCAGGGGCACCUCUCUGGAAUCUGGCGCCUAUCCUAAUGACAGAAACAAAGGACCUCAGCCCCAGAAAGAAUCUGUCUCAGGCCCCGUGGCUGGCAAACCAUUCCGCCCCCAGUCUUUAUCCAAAUAUUCCCGUCACUAUAGCCCAGAAGAUGAGCCAAGUCCAGAAGCCCAGCCCAUCGCUGCCUACAAAAUUGUUUCGCAAACCAAUAAGCAGUCGAUAGCUGGCUCUGUUUCCAUCACAUCCCUUUCCUCCAGGACUACGGAGCUGCCAGCUGCUGAUCCUUUUGCUUUAGCGCCCUUUCCUUCGAAAUCAGGCAAGCAGAAACCUUAGGAGCCAUACCUGAGCCUUAGGCCUCUGUCUCUACCCCACCCUUAACACCCACCACAUCACUCCCAGCUGAGCCUUCCUAAGAAGAAAUAUUGACAUAUCAAUUAUUAUCUUUCAGUUCCAUGAGUCAGCGGGAAUUCUUCAGUCAGCAAACUCAGUCGAGGUGAUAACUUAGUUGAAACUCCUUUAAGUUAUGCUCAAUUCUUUUGUUUAUAUUGAUUUCUGGACUUCCAGGCAUUUCCAUCUCCACCUCCACCCAGAGCUCUGCUUUUUGUUGUUUGCCUAGAAACUGUUUAAGUCUAGAACUACUUCCCAGUAAAUCCAGAAAUAACUUCCCAAAGGGGCCAUGUUAUUGCUAGUUUGACUCCUGUAGUUCCUGUUCUGAGUCAUGUCUAUCAAGGAAUCAAGAUGAGUUCCCCCCGGACUUGGUUUCAUACUCUUGAAAAGGGUAUAUUUCAGGAAAGAAAACCAGAUAAAAAUUCUGCACAUCAAAAGGAAGUGUAAUCCCGCAGAUACGAAUCAUUCCUGUGAAGCCGGCAGCUCUAGAAGGAUUCUCUGGAUCUGAGUCUGUGCAAGCCACACUGGUCCUCGUGCAUGAGUGUCUGUGGGUGUGUGACGUGUGUCAGAUCCUUUCCUUUGUAGAAAUGCAAACAGAUCUAUGCUCGUGUCUAAUAGUGUUGAGCCUUCCCCAUGUGCACACUUUAAAAAUUCGUGUGAGCACACAGCUAUGUGUGUGCAUGUCUGUGUGCACAGGAAACAUUCUUCCUUUAGCUAAACCCUGUCCCACCUCGCGUACCUCCACAAUCACUCAUUUGCUGACAUUGGUCUCCUGACCUAACUGACUUGAACCCUGUUUUUAUUGCGUUCUUUUCUCAUGGCAAAAUUGAAUUCAUUGGAAUGUAUAGGAAAAUCCUGUUGGAACUGAAGUUUCUAAGUAGAUUUUUUUUUUCCCUCUAGAAUUUGCUAUGAACAAAUUCCAUUUACACAGGCUUGAAAAAUUAAUUAUCCUUAUACAGUUCCCCCUCAGAACAAUAGAAAAGAGCACAAUGUUACAGUUCCAAACACUGGGUUUGUGGUCUAAGUAAUUUUAAAAAGUACUUAAAAACCUUAGGUCUGAGCACUCCAUGCUGUCAAUAGGAAAUUAAUUAAUCAUGAGACUAGGCUACAAACUAGAUUUGCUUGUUUGUUUUUCCACAUCCUUGUCACCUUUGUCUACUGCUUCUUGAGGAAAUAGAAAUCUGAGACAUGUAAAUAAGUUUGGGAGAAAGGAAAAGAGCUGAACCAGCCAGCCAUGAAAACCUUUCAAUUCUCUGUCCCCUUGGAUGCUAAAGUAGGUCAGAUAGGUGCCUCACUUGUGUUUUUGAAAUGUCUUGUAUUUCUGGAAAGAUCUGACUUAUUCUUGGCUGUUUUCAUACCCUUUAUUAUUAGUGCCUUAAAACGAAACUUAUGUCUCAGUGGGAAGAUUUCUGCUGAAGAUGUUCAAUUUCCUAUUUCAACUUGAAAGCUUCCUGUGACUUGUAGUAAAUGUUAGUGAUUUCUCCGUUAGCUGGAGAUGUUGGGAGAGUUGCUUACCAACCCAGAUUAAUGAUUUAAAGAUUAUGGGAAAUUUGUCCAAGAAUCAAGCCUGAAUGCCAAACUCAACUGCAGUUAAGUGUCACACUUUUAAAUCUGAAGUUCAGGGAUCUUGGCAGUAAAAUAUGAACAGACACUUUUCAAGACAUUUUCUAGUUUAGUCUCCACCUAUUUCAGCUGUCCAGGUUAAAGGAUAAAUUUAAAUAAUAGGCACUGGAUCAGGGCUCCUAGCAAUGAUUUUCCAACUGAGGUUUCAGCAGUGCUGGUCCUUCACUUUUAUGGAUGUUAAAUGUUCAUUGGGCUUUUCUCCCAAUGAUCAUUUCUGAAUUUUCUGUGUAACAGUGGAUGUAGAAUCAUCUUUCCAUUUGAAUAGUUUUGGCUAACAGGUGUGGAACUUAGCACCCCAAGCUCUUCCCUUGCCUUUAUCAAUUAAAGCCUUCACGUGCAGGAGUGAAAAGGAUGGGAAUAUUCAAGGAGAGUUCUCACCCCAGAAACUCUUAAAGCAGAAGGUCAUUCUAAUUCACCAGAGGUGUUCAGGAUUACCUCUGUAACAGCCCUGCAAAAUGACUUUCCUUUGGUUAUUUGAUCACUCCCCUUCUGAUCAUUUUAGUUCUCAAGGUGAAAAUCAAUAAAAUCUUGGUAAUUUGAUUACAUAAUUGAAUCAUUUUUCAAGCUGUGCUUGUAAUCCUUUUUUAUUCUCACUGGAGACCUAUGAUGGCUGGAGACUCUAAAUACCUUUUUUGAACAAGAAAUGAAUAUAAACACAUGCAGAUUACUUUUGUGGUGUUCUUACUGAAUGAUGCAUGAAAAUUUUAGGACUAUCGGAUUACAUUAAUUAUUAGUUAAUAACUAGUGAACUCUGCGCUGAUCUUCUUUGGAUCAUAUAGAGUAAAUGCAUCAUUUAAAGACACAAUGUUCUUGGGACUUCCCUGGCGGUCCAGCGGUCAGGACUCCACACUCCCAGUGCAGGGGGCAUGGGUUCAAUCCCUGGUCAGGGAACUAAGAUCCCGCAUGCUGCACGGCGUGGCCAAAAAAUAAAAAAAUAAUAAAGAUAAAAUGUUCUUGCCAGAGUCCAUCCUGAAUCUGGAAAUCUGGAAAAUUUUCGUUUUAAGGGAAUCAGGAGUGCUCAGGGCGCUUUGAAUUAGUAGCGAAUGCAUGUUUCCAACAACUACUGCAUUAGGUUAACGCUAAGGAGAAAAAGAAAACAUAUAGUCAACAAAAUACUGCAUUACUUGUUUUAGUUUGUUUUAUGUGUUACUUGCUUUACACAUAUACGGAAUGCAGGAACCUGUGACCUUUCAUUUCAGUGGAGCACAAUGAUCCAGGGUACAUUUAGACAUAAAGCAUUGACCCGCGGCGUGCACUAAUGAACUCUUAAAGGAUCCACAUUAAUGGACUAACAGGCACUGUUGAAUUCAUGAAGUUAUCUUAUGUGUGGUAAAAAAUAUUUAGCAUGUCUGUUUCUUGGGUUCACACACAGAUAACCCUUUAGCUCCAAAUCCUGGUUAGAUUGGAAAAUGGAAUGAACAAAAUUUGACGCUUGAAGCAGAUGCAGGGCAGGACCCAAAGAAAUCUAGGUCACAAAGUCCAUUUCGUUUUGGGCCCACUCAUUGUUGAGUUGAAAAUUUCAUAUGUGUGGACUGGUGUAUAUGUAUUCACUCGCCCAUGUUAGGUCUGAGUUUAACCUGGCAACCUUUGUGAACUGUCAAGAAAAAUGCCAGUAUCUUAUUGACCCAUUAUUUAGUAAGCUUUAGAAUACACGUACAUCAAUGUUUUCAACUAUUUGGUGGACAUUUCGCUGACUCAAAAAGUAGCGGAUUUCAGUUUUCUUUAAAAUAGGUGUAAUCACCAGAGUGAUUCUGACAAUAGAAAUUCGAUCAUGCUGUAUUUGCUUCCCUAAGGAAGUUGUCAAAACAUAGGUUAUAUAGUAUGUAUGCAUCCUAUCAAAUAGGAAAUUUUAUUAUAGGAAACUAGAGAAAGGUGAGAUCCAACUCACUCUUUAGCAGGAAGGAUACUACCUAAAAUGGAGUCCUUUGGGUCCCUUUAAUAAAGAAAGAUGUUAUUCUCUGCUGUGUGUUUGGAAUUAAAAUUGGAGAACACAGGCCAGUCAAGUUCGGAAUUGCUGCUGGUCACAGAUGCAGUUUUCUAUGAGAAAUUUGGAACCCAGAUUAUUCUGAUGAAAGGUACAUAGGAGAGCCUCUGAAGAGACCACAGCUUGUAAGGAGGCAAGAGCUCCUUGUAAAUGCCCACAGCCAUCCCUGAGUUCUAAUCCUCCAAUCCUGCUUUCUGGAGUAAACAUGAAGAUUUUAAAUGUAAUCAUGUAAAUUUAAAUUCUUGCUUUUUCCAGUGACUGUCGACUACUUGUUUGUUGGUUGGUUUUGUUUGUUUUAACCACCAGAACACUUGCAAACUUGUGAAGUUCACUUAAGGAAGGAUUUCAAAAUGCUUGAAAAUAAAAAGUAGUAUCUGGCUGGGAAUUGUUUUUGUGUUCUUUUGCUACAAGAUAAAUUUGCUAGGCUGUGAAAACAACUAGCUGCUCAGCUUCAAUGUGGGAAUCCACACUGGCAGUGUCUUGAUUGCCAGGACGCCAUCUUGCUCUCUGACUUCCUGGUCCUACCGGCCUCAUUUGCACCUUGACCUUUAUUAGGAAACAGGCUUCCCACAUGUGAUGCCCAGAUCCCAUCUUUAAACUGCCAGACACAGGUCUUUCCUGCUUUUUCUCUACCCCUGCAAGUCUUCCUGGCUCACGUUCCUUGUUCAUUUCCUCACUUGACAUUCCCCUAUUAUAAUCGUACCAAUAAGUGGGGAGUGAGAGGUAUGACUGAAUGAAUGAUCAUGCUAAUUUUUAUUUGCCUCCCUUGUUACUGUAAACAGUUUUUUCUUAAAUUUUAGCCUAGCCUGUGAUAAUCUCACCACACUGGAAUAAUUCCAAAUAAGAGUGAAAUGGCUCACCUUCCCCUUUUCUUAUGGACUAGAAGAAAGGAUGAAGGAAGGUUGGCAGAAGCCCAGCCUUACUCUGGAGACACAGCCCAGAAACCUCAUGCUCUCUACCUUGAUCUAACACAGGCCCAGAGUGCCCUAGAAUGCAGGGGCAAGUUUAUGUUUGAAGGGACUCUAGAGUAGCUUGUAAAAAGGGCUAAAUGGGGAAAUUCCCUGGUGGUCCAGUGGUUAAGACUCUGUGCUUUCACUCCCGUGGGCCCAGGUUCGAUCCCUGGUCAGGGAACUAAGAUCCCACAAGCCAAAAAAAGAGGCUAAAUGUUAACCAGCACACUGGUGGCUUAGUCCAGUAUUCCUGUAACUUGUAAUUCCAUAAGAAAUUUAGUCUGAGUUACUUCUCUGCAAUCUCAGUAUGAGUGAAAGUGUUUUGAGUUUAUAAUAACAAUGUUUUUUUCUUGAAAUUAAGUCAAUGUCAUCUACAUUGCAUUUAAUAGAACCAUAUAUACGUGUUAGAGGGAUCUAUGUGAUUCCUUUUGGUAAGGAAUAACAGAAGUGGUUUUUUUACCAAUGUCAGUUAAAGUGAGAUUUUGGGAGUGAGAGAAGACAAUAUCACCCUCCCACUCUGAAAUGGCAAGUCAGUUGUAUCUGAGUCUACCAAAGACUCUUGUUUGAGGAGUGUGAUUGGAGUGUGUGUGUGUAUCCUCAUGCUUUCUGCCAUGGUGUUGAAGACCUCCUAAUGAAGGCAUCCAAAGAAUACCAAGAGGUGACAGUAGGUAUUUGAAAUGAGUAAAUUCAGUUCCGUUAGCCUACCGAGUUAGAACUGGAGUUGUACUGGACAACGGUGAGAGAAAGCAGCCAUUGCCUUAGACUCAUUUCCACAGUAAGCAUGCUCUUCUCAUCCACAAGGAUAAAACUCAGUAGGGUUUGACCUAAACUCUCAUGUGUGGUAUUGGGAGGGCAGUAGUGAGCAGAAUACUACAAGGCCUGCAAUAUGUUACUUUGAAAGAGGGAAUAUUUAACGUCAUUUGUUAGGGGAUAGGAAUGGAAUAAAGGCCAAGGACCAUGCUCGUUCCAAGCAGAAGAGGUGAACGAACUCCUACUGACUAUAUUUUGAGUUGACUGAAUGAGGAGGUCGACCCAGCUGUAAGGAGUGUUGAGGUCAUCAGACCUCAGGAAACAAUAUGUGCAUACAAUCUCAAGGUCUGUGAACAUGAGAAAGGGAAAAAACAUUUAUAGAGUUAAUCUUAACAGUUCUUGCAAUACCUCUUUUUUGCAGACUCUUGGGUUUAUGUUACUGCACCCUUUGUGUGAGCUAUCUUAUGUAUCUGAUAGUUUUUAUGAAUACUUGUUUGAGUUGUAAACUCCUGUACACUUUAUUAAAAUGGACCUAAUUAAAAUAAA